GUCCGGCAGCCGUGAGAGCUCCGUCACCGGCAUUCUCCCUUCUCCACUUCCGACCGGCUUCUCGCCACCAACCGUGCACGACACGCUUGAAGUGGAAAAUAAAAUGGCAGGUAAUGGUGAUAAACUUCCUGUAAACUUAUUUUGGGGUGGAGAAAUGGUAUACUACGGGGAUAAGAAGUCUAUACAUUAUUCAGAGCCGCCAAAAACUGUGUGUUUCUUGAGUCGCAACAGUAGGUUCGAUGAGCUUGUGAUGGCAGUGCACGCUGCAAUGAACACAACUCCAGAUGAUACAAAGCUCACUUUGUUGGGAAGGUACCCGUUGAGAAUUCCUGAUGGACAAGUUGUGAAUGAACCAUUUCCACUUACUAACAAUCAAUCCUUGGAGUGGUUUUUGAAAGCGACAUGGCUUUUCCCACCACUUCAUGUGUAUGUUGCUGCUGAAAAAAUAACAGUCGAUAAGAAGUUUGUGCGUGGAGAACCGCUUCUCAAGAGAUGUAGUAAUGGAGUCAGUACUUCUAGAAAUGUUAUUGACCUCACUUCGGAUGAUGAAAACGAAGACAAAUUCAAUGUUGGCGAUGAUGGAAGAGUCCGGAAGAUUAGUAGGCUUUGGAAGGACAACCCUAGCAAAGCCAGUUCUUCAUAUCGGGAAGACGAACGUGCACUCAAUGGUGGUAAUGCUCCUACUACAGCUACAGAUACCGUUGUCACUACAAAUCCUUCUCCCACUGCUACACAAGCUGCUCCCCCUGCCACAAAUGCCGUUCCCCAUACAAAUCCCUCUCCCACGGCGACACAAGCUGCUGCUUCUGCUACCAAUGCCGCUAUCGCUACAAAUCCAUGUCACACUUAUACACAAGGUGCUGCAGAUGCUACUGAUGCUGUUGGUGCUACAAAUCCCUCUUCCGCCGCUGCAGCAGCUACGCCAGCUGCCGCUGCUUUUGAUUUUUUGGUUGCUGGUAGAGAGGACCAAACGACGACGAGGUUGAAUCACUUACCCAUACGAGCCACUGUUUUUGCUACACCUGGUGCUCCAGGAGAAUUCGAAAAGAAGAGAUGGUGGACAGAUAUCUUGAAUUCCUUAACUCCUAAAAAUUCUAAGCGGGUACUUGAGCAAGUGAAGGAUGCUAACAUAGACAAUGCUAAAUCUCUUGUUGAUUUUGUUAGAAUAGCAUACGACGAAGCUAUGAGGGAUCAUGUUUUUUGUGAGAUGUUGGUAGAUAUUUGUGUUCUGCUCAACUCUACAUUGCCUGGAUUUACCUGUGGACGGUAAGUGCCUCAACUUUGCAAGUUGCCUUUCGGAAUGUUGCCAAAAAGAACUUCAGGAUGGCAAAGAGGGCUUUAAACGUGGAGAUGAUCAGAGAUGUCGUAGGUGGAAGAUAUUCAACCUGGGCAAUGCAAAGUUAAUUGGAGAACUUUACACGAAAAAAAUUCUUGAAGAAGGAAUUGUGCAUAACUGCAUCAUGAAAAUACUUUGGGAGUAUGAAAAUCCAGAUGAGGCAGAGAUUGAAGCCCUGUGCGUCAUGAUGUAUAGAGUUGGUAAAUCCAUGGACAGGCCUGGAGUGAAGCAGCAGGAAACUGAUAUGGACAUGUAUUUUAAUGAGAUGUCAAAGUUGUCCAAGCACCCAGAUUUAUCUUCAAGACUGAGGAAAAUGUUGGUUUGUUUGGUCGAUUUAAGAAAGAACAAGUGGGAGGAUAAUACUGCAAGCCUAACGUUGAAAAUCUCUUUGAUGUAUUCAAAGAAGACAUUUACCCUCAAGGUGAAAUUGGGCAACACCAUCUACGAUUUGAAGGCAAUGAUCAAGGCCAUAAAAGGCUUCCUAGUGUGCAAACAGUUGCUGCUCUACUGCAGCAACACGCUUGUUGACAACCACACAGUUGCCCACUACGACUUGCAAAACAACUGCAUCCUAACACUUAUCCCAUGAUGUCCAUUAAUUCUCAGGAUUCCUUGCAAAGAAAAUUUCUCUCUUUGAACAAGACAAACCUGCUAAAGUUGAUGGAGAGUAAACUGGGAUAGGAGGUUGCUGAGUGCUGGCUUCCAUGUUCAAAUUUAGGAUUUCGUGUUGGUUUUGUUCCUAGCUGCUGCCAUAUAUAUGUUGCUUUGUUUCCAGUAUAAGAAUGGAGAGGAUAGUAUUAUACUCUGCUUGACAUUAUUAUGGUUGAGUUAUGGCACUCAGGUCAUGCUAUGAUAUUGGGUUCAAUGCCAUUUGAGCUGAUUAAAAUUCUCGUUUUGACAAAUAGUUAGGAGGGUUGAAAUUACAUAUUUAAAUGCUCUUAAUUUAACAGGUACUACUUAUGUCUUGUA